GAAUAAGUUGGAUCGCUUCUUCUCUUCUACUGAAACCCUAAAAUCCUAUCAAAAGCUAAAGGGAUGCUGAGAGUCCGGAAAAAAGGUUGCUUUGGGAUUUGGUCAUUGCCCUUUAUAAUCACAGUGGUUUGUGCACAGAGUGCUAAUGAUCCUAGCAAUAUGUCCCUAGUAAAAGAGACUGUGGAUAGAUUGCUGAAAGGCUACGACAUUCGACUGAGGCCAGAUUUUGGAGGUCCUCCUGUGGCGGUCGGCAUGAACAUAGACAUAGCCAGCAUAGACAUGGUGUCAGAAGUCAAUAUGGACUAUACUUUGACCAUGUACUUUCAACAAGCAUGGAGGGAUAAGAGGCUUUCGUAUAAUGUAAUACCUUUAAAUCUUACACUGGACAAUAGAGUAGCAGAUCAGCUUUGGGUUCCUGAUACCUACUUCCUGAAUGAUAAGAAGUCAUUUGUGCAUGGUGUCACCGUGAAGAACAGAAUGAUUCGUUUACAUCCAGAUGGGACAGUUCUCUAUGGUCUCAGAAUUACAACAACAGCUGCAUGCAUGAUGGAUCUACGAAGAUAUCCCUUAGAUGAACAAAACUGCACAUUAGAGAUAGAAAGCUAUGGCUACACAACUGAUGAUAUUGAAUUUUACUGGCGUGGGGGUGAUAAUGCGGUUACAGGGGUGACAAAGAUUGAACUGCCACAGUUCUCUAUAGUGGAUUACAAACUUAUCACCAAGAAAGUUGUUUUCUCAACAGGUUCUUAUCCCAGGUUGUCCCUAAGUUUUAAACUUAAGAGAAACAUUGGCUAUUUCAUUCUGCAGACUUAUAUGCCUUCUAUUCUGAUCACUAUUCUGUCUUGGGUAUCAUUCUGGAUUAAUUAUGAUGCGUCAGCUGCAAGAGUGGCUUUAGGGAUUACAACGGUGCUGACAAUGACAACCAUUAAUACCCAUCUGCGAGAAACACUGCCCAAAAUCCCCUAUGUGAAAGCCAUCGACAUGUAUCUGAUGGGCUGCUUUGUCUUUGUGUUCAUGGCUCUUCUGGAGUAUGCCUUGGUGAACUAUAUCUUUUUUGGGAGGGGACCCCAGCGCCAGAAGAAAGCAGCAGAAAGAGCUGCCAGUGCUAACAAUGAGAAAUUACGAAUGGAUGUCAACAAGAUCUUUUAUAAAGAUAUAAAACAAAAUGGGACCGAAUUGCGAUCCCUGGAUCCCACUGGAAAUCUCUCCCCAACUAGAUGGACUGCCACUUACGAUUACCCUCUUAAAACGAUGGACCCACAUGAGAACAUUUUGUUGAGCACGCUUGAAAUUAAAAACGAGAUGGCUGCCUCUGAAGCUGUUAUAGGGCUUGGGGACCCUAGAAGCACGAUGCUGGCCUAUGAUACCUCAAGUAUCCAGUAUCGGAAGGCUGGUUUACCAAGACACAGCUUUGGCCGUAAUGCUCUGGAACGGCACGUGGCCCAAAAGAAAAGCCGGUUAAGGAGACGUGCUUCUCAGUUGAAAAUUACUAUCCCUGACUUGACUGAUGUAAAUGCCAUAGAUCGAUGGUCACGCAUAUUCUUCCCGGUGGUUUUUUCUUUCUUCAAUAUUGUCUAUUGGCUUUACUAUGUGAACUAAAAACAAAGAAAGCCACACAAAUAUCAAGAACUGGAUUUCUCUUCAAAAUUGAUUGUACAGCCAAAUGUGGGACUUAGGGAGAACAAAAUCUAUUCAGGACAAGUUAUUUUAAAACACCU